AUGUCCCGGGUUGAUUGUCAGGGGGUUCUUGCAGUCCAGGAGCCGACGCCGGCCAUAGAACCUGAUCACCUGGUUCAGGUGGAGAAGAGCCUGCUGGUUCUGUGGGAGCGGGUGGAGUCUGCGGGACGGCGGGUGGAGCGGAGACACAGGGAGGUGCUCCAGCUCUUUACUGACCUCCAUCAGCGGCGGCCAUCUUUGUUUGAGAGCAGCAAUGACGACGCGGAACAGUGGAUCAGAGAUCUGCUGGACCGACAGCUCUUUGAGCUCCGAGCACACCUGGAUGACGAGAAGAGACAGAGGGAGCAGGUCCGCCAGCAGGACCUGCUGCUGCUGAGCACUCAGACGACCCGUUUGGAUCAUCUGGAGCUGCAGUUGCAGAGUUUGGCUGCCAGAACUCAGGAGGUCCAGUGGACACCAGAACCUUCAGCAGCGUCUCUCCCAGCUGCUGCCAGCGCUGGUGUGGACAGAACAUCCCAUGAUGCUUUGCAGGCGGAGGUUCUACGGUUGGAGGCAGCUCUGGGGGACAUGAAGCGGGACGUUCAGGCUCUGUCAGAGUGUCGAAGCGGACUGGACAGAGUCCAACAGAUGGUUUCAGUUCUGGUCCAAGAGGAAGUCCAGGCUCUGAUGUUGGGUAACCAGCUGACCAUGAGGGGAGACUCCGCCCCCCUCCCCGAGUCUCUGUUGCGGUGGCUGUCUGAGCGCUUUGUCACUGGUGCCAGCCUGCACGAGGCGCUGUCCGCUUUGGAGCUCAGCAUCCUGCAGAACGUCAGCAGGACGCUGCAGCGCCACAAGGAGACGGGUCAGGAGGAGGUCCUGCACGCUGCUGGAGACUCUGUGACUCACGAGGACGUCCGGGGAAUGGUGACGGACGCUCUGCGGCUGUUUGCUCAGGACCGGAUCGGUUUGGCAGAUUACGCUCUUGAGUCUGGAGGGGGCAGUGUCCUCGGCACUCGUUGCUCAGAGACGUACGAGACGAAGGCCUCCCUGCUCAGCCUGUUCGGAGUUCCCCUCUGGUAUUUCUCUCAGUCUCCUCGAGCUGUGAUCCAGCCUGACGUCCAUCCAGGAAACUGCUGGGCCUUCAGGGGCUCCAAAGGUUUCCUCGUGAUCCAGCUCUCCAUGAGGAUCUCCCCCACCGCUGUCACCAUGGAGCACAUCCCCAAAGCCCUGGCACCGAGCGGGAUUCUGCGCAGCGCGCCCCGAGACUUCAGUGUCUACGGUCUGAGCGAUGAGAGCGAAGAGAACGGGAAACUGCUGGGAAUGUUCACCUACGAUCAGGACGGAGAGGAUCUGCAGACCUUCAGCCUGUCUGAGGAGAACGACGAGUCCUUCCAGAUCAUCGAGGUCCAGGUUCUGUCCAACUGGGGCCACCCGGACUACACCUGCAUGUACCGCUUCAGGGUUCACGGGGUGCCUGACGUGAUCAGAACCAGGUCGGCGUGA